AUGAGCAACCUCAAGCGAAAAGACGCCCCUGGCGGUAACCCCCCCGCCAAAUCGGCAAAGAACACAAAAGAAGCCCGACCUACAACAAAAGAGAAAGUCGGCAAGGAUGCGAAGCCCGCUCCCAAGAAGAGCGCCGACGAGCCUGAGAAGGCUCCCGUCGUCUCAAUCUUGAAGGAGGAUGAACCAAUGUUCCCUCGAGGUGGCGCAAGCGUUCUUACUCCCCUAGAGCAGAAGAAGAUUAACAUCGAAGCCAAGGCUGAUGCCAUGCGCGACGAGGAAUUCAACACUGCCAGCAAAGAUCAAAAGAAGAAGAAGAGGAAGUCUGCCCUGAAGGGCGAUAAGAAGGCGGACAAGAAGACUGGAGAGGAGGAACAAACAAUUCGAGUUGAGAGUCUCAGUUUCAAGAAAUUGGUCAAGGGCUCUCUUGUCCUUGCGCAGGUCACACGAAUCAACAGCCUCGACGUCGAAGUCGCAUUACCAAACAAUCUUACUGGUCACAUCUCAAUCGUUGCCAUCUCUCAACAAUUGACCGAGCGUCUCGAGAACGAGACCGCCGACAAGGACAACGACGAUGAGGAGGAAGAAGCCGAUGACGAAGAGGGCAUCGAUCUUAAGUCAAUCUUUGCCGUCGGUCAGUACCUUCGAGCCUACGUUGUAUCCACUGUCGAGGAAUCCACCACUGGAAAGGGCAAGCGACGCAUAGAACUCUCUCUUCGACCGAGCGAGGCCAACACUGGCUUGGAAAAGGACGACGUCGUUCCCAACGCCACAGUCAUGGCAUCUAUUGCCAGUGUCCAGGACCGUGGCUUUGUGAUGGAUACCGGCAUCGAGAACCUCGGUGCUUUCUUGUCAAGAACUGAGGUUGACAAGACCAUUGACGAGAAGAGAUUGCAACCCGGCGCUGUCUUUUUGUGCCAGGUUGUCAGCAAGGGCGCCAACGGCAAAAUUGCGCAGCUCUCGCUCCAGCAGAAGAAGAUCGGCAACCCCAAGAACCUACCAGCUGAUGCGACUACCAUCAAGACUUUCCUUCCUGGUACUAUGACCGACGUCCUUGUCUCCAAUACCGAUCGACGAGGACUCUCUGGAAAGAUUAUGGGCCACCUCGAUGUGACUGCCGAUAUUAUUCACUCUGGUGUUGGUCCAGCUGGUGUGAGCCUGGACACAGCCUACAAGAUUGGCUCCAGGGCCAAGGCCCGUGUUAUCUGCAACUUUCCAGGUGCCAGAGAGCCCAAGCUUGGAAUUUCUCUUCUCCCCCAUAUCACCACUCUUGAGAAGAAGCGACCUACCAAGUCAACCGACUCCAAGAAGAACCCCACACAAGUGCUGCCCAUCUCAUCAUUGGUCGAGACCUGCACUGUUCGCCACGUUGAACCUGAUAUCGGUUUGUUUGUUGAUAUCGGUAUUCCUGGUCUCAGCGGAUUCGUUCACAUUUCUCGGGUGAAGGAUGGCAAGGUGGAGGCGCUCUACGAGUCGAGCGGCCCCUUCAAGGUUGGCUCAGAGCACAAGGGUCGCGUUGUUGGCUACAACGAAAUCGACGGACUUUUCCAAAUAUCUUUUGAGAAGUCCAUUCUUGAGCAGGAAUAUCUCAGGCUUGAGGAUGUCCCCAUCGGUGCAAUUUUGACAUGCGAGAUUGAAAAGGUUGUCAUCGAUGAGAGGGGUGUCAGCGGCCUGAUCGCUAAGGUCGCGGAAGGUAUCAGUGGCUUUGUUCCUGAGCAACAUCUUUCUGAUGUCCGACUACAACACCCCGAGAAGAAGUUCCGACAGGGUAUGAAGGUUAAGGCUCGAGUCCUUUCUACCAACUUGGACAAGAAGCAGAUGCGCCUUACCUUGAAAAAGACCAUCGUCAACUCCGAGGCGCCCGUUAUCAAGUCUUACGACGAAGUCAGUGUUGGUAUGCAGAUUCCUGGUACCAUCAUCAAGGUCCUGUCAUCCGGUGCUAUCAUUCAGUUUUUCGGCACUGUUCAAGGAUUCCUGCCCAUAUCCGAGAUGAGCGAGGCUUACAUCAAAGAUCCCAAGGAGCAUUUCCGAGUGGGUCAGGUUGUCAGCAUUCAUGUUCUUGAUGUCCAACCUGAGGAUAAAAGACUGGUUGUUUCGUGCAAGGACCCUUCUGCUUUCGGUCUGGAGAAGCAGAAUGCUCUGAAGAAGCUUCAGCUUGGUGAUGUUGUUUCUGCGAAGGUCACACAGAAGACCGAGGAUCAAGUCUUUGUUGAGCUCGCCGAUUCUCAGCUCAAGGCCACCCUCUUUGUUGGUCAUCUGACUGACAAAUCGAACUCCAAGAACCAAUAUGCCCUCAAGCGUAUUGCUGUUGGACAGACCCUUUCUGACUUGGUGAUUAUUGAGAAGGACGACAACCGACGUGUCAUUGUCCUUAGCCACAAGCCUAGCCUCCUUGACGCUGCAAAGAACAGAACUCUGUUGACCAGGUUCGAGAAGGCCAAGGAAGGCAAGAUCGUGGCCGGUUUCGUCAGAAACAUCACCGUCACCGCUGUGUUUGUUCAGUUUGCUGGAAACCUGACUGCCCUUCUUCCCAAGGCUCGACUUCCUUCCGAUGUUCAGGAUCAGCCUGACUUUGGCAUGCACAAGCACCAGUCCAUCGAGGUUAAGAUUGUUUCCGUCAUUCCCGAUCACCAGCGCAUCGUGGUGGCCCCAGCUGACUUUGACGAAACUGCUGAGCUGAGCAAGAAGGGCAAGGCCAACGAGAAGCCUGCUGCUACGGAUGACAUUGAGCUGGGAACAAUCACCAGCGCAAAGAUCACCUCUAUCAAGGAUACCCAGCUCAAUGUUCAACUCGCCAACAGCAAGGUUCAAGGUCGCAUUGACGUUUCUCAGAUCUUCGACAAGUGGGAAGAUAUUCCCGACCCCAAGGAUCCUCUCGACAAAUACAACAAGAAGCAGAAUAUCUCUGUUCGUGUGAUGGGAGUCCACAACGCUAAGGAUCACAGAUUCUUGCCGUUCUCCCACCGCUCUCUUCACUCUGUCCUUGAACUCACUGCCAAACCUAGCGACAUCAAGGCCAAGACACUUAAGUCCCUUUCUCUUGAAGAUCUUAAGGUUGGCGACACUCACGUCGCUUUCGUCAACAACUCUAGUCCCCAACAUCUCUGGGUCAACCUUUCCCCUUCCGUCCGUGGCAGGAUUUCUGCCAUGGAGGCUUCAGAUGAUUUGUCACAGCUCAACGAUCUGGAGGCGAACUUCCCCAUUGGCUCAGCCCUGAAGGUUAGAGUCACAGCUGUGGAUGUCCGCAACAACCGUCUUGACCUUUCAGCUCGUUCGUCUAACUCGUCUGAUGCUGUUACCUGGAAUGUCCUGAAGCAGAACAUGGUCCUUCCUGGACGAGUCACAAAGGUCAACGAGCGCCAGGUUCUGGUCAAGCUCAGUGAGGUUGUAUCAGGCCCUGUCCAUCUCCCUGAUAUGACUGACGACUUUGACACAAUCAACACUCUCAACUAUAAGAAGGAUGAUAUUGUUCGUGUUUCUGUGGUCGAACUGGACUCAAGUAACAAGAGACUCCGACUGUCAACCCGCCCUUCUCGUAUCAUGAGCUCAACCCUUCCAGUCAAGGACAAGGAGAUCAACGAUGUUUCUCAGCUCGAUGCUGGCGACAUCGUCCGAGGUUUCGUGAAGAACGUCUCUGAUAAGGGACUCUUUGUCCUCCUUGGUGGACAAGUCACUGCUCUGGUCAAGAUUUCCAACCUGUCAGACCGCUAUCUGAAAGAGUGGAAGGAUCAUUUCCAAGUCGAUCAACUAGUCAGGGGUCGUGUCAUUGCUGUCGACAAGCUGACUCGUCAUGUCGAGUUGAGCUUGAAGUCUUCUGUGGUUGACGAGGACUACACUCCUCCCACCACCUACAAUGACAUCCAGGAAGGUCAGGUUGUUACGGGCAAGGUCCGCAAGGUCGAGGACUUUGGUGCUUUCAUUUUGAUCGAUGGUUCCGAUAACGUCAGUGGUCUUUGCCAUCGAAGUCAAAUGGCUGAGCAGCCCGUCAAGGACGCUACAAAGCUUUACAAGGAAGGCGAUGCCGUCAAGGCUCGUGUUCUAUCCGUGGACGCCGAGAAGCGACGAGUCACGUUCGGAUUAAAGCCUUCACUAUUCGAGGACGUUGACUCUGAUAUGGAUAACUCCGAUGCUGGUGUCAGUCUUGGUGAGGAUGACAGCGAUGACGAUGAUGUCGAUAUGGAUGACACUAGCACUAUUCUCAAGAUUCUCGGCACAGACAACGCUGGAGACUCGGAUGAUGACGAUGAAGAUGAAGAUGACGAGGACGAAGAUGAGGACGAGGACGAGGACGAGGAUGAAGACGAGGAAGAUGAGGAUUCGGAUGUGGAAAUGGAGGACCAGCCAAUUAGGAAGUCCAAGGGUCUCGGUGCUGGCAAGAAAUCGGAGUGGUCCGCUGACCCCUUCGAUGAGCCUGAGUCAGAGUCAGAGGAACAGGCAAAGGAUGCUGAGAAGCCCAAGAAGAAGAAGCGAAGCAGGGAUGAGGUCCAGAUCGACCGAACCGCUGAGCUCGAUACCAACGGCCCUCAAACGUCUAGUGACUACGAACGAUUACUUCUCGGACAACCUGACUCGUCAGAGCUGUGGAUCGCUUACCUCGCAUUCCAAAUGCAAGUUGCUGAGCUCUCCAAGGCACGAGAGGUUGCCGAGCGAGCCAUCAAGACCAUCAACAUCCGUGAAGAGACCGAGAAGCUCAAUGUUUGGGUCGCCUACCUCAACUUGGAGGUUGCCUACGGAACCAAGCAGACUGUGGAGGAGGUGUUCAAGCGGGCUUGCCAAUACAACGAUCAGCAGGAGAUUCACGAGCGACUGGCCAGUGUCUACAUCCAGUCCGAGAAGCUCAAGGAUGCUGAAGCCUUGUUUGAGACAAUGGUCAAGAAGUUCGGUGCCAAGUCUCCCAAUGUCUGGUUGAACUACGCCCACUUCUUGCACGCCACCCGAAACAAGCCUGACGGAGCUCGUGCUCUGCUACCAAGAGCUACCCAACAACUUGGCAAAUCCCACCACACAAACCUUAUGACUCGCUUCGCUGCUCUGGAGUUCAGAUCUCCCAACGGCGAGCCUGAGCGUGGACGAACUAUGUUCGCGGGUCUUCUAGAGGCUUUCCCCAAGAAGGGUGAUAUCUGGAGUCAGCGUCUCGAUCUCGAGCUUGGACUUUCAGAACCUGACCCAGUUAUUAUCCGCGAUGUUUUCAAGGCACGAACACGCGUCCAAGGCUUGAAGCCCCUGCAGGCAGAGAAGUGGUUCAGACGCUGGACGGCCUGGGAGACUGACUCCAAGAAGAAGAGCGAGGCAAUGGCAGCAGCUCAGAAAUGGGCGGCUGACUUCAAGGCGAAGAAGGAAGCUGCUGCUGCCGCCGCUGCCGAGGAGGCGGAUGAGAUGGAGGAGUAG